UGGCGAGUCAUGGCUUUCCAGCUUCCUUGGAAUGGAUAUUUAGUGGUCCGCUGGUGGUGGUAUAUCCAGAAUUUGAAGUUUUGUUCUUCUCGUCUAAUUGAGGAGGUUUGAUUUUCUAUUGAGGAAUUUGUUAGCAUAUGCCGGCAGAUAUUCUUAUCCACCUGUUUUGCAUGCUCGUCCUUGUUGCUUUCUUAUGGUGCCUGGAGAAAGAGGAAAACAGUUAAAAAAACAUGGAAAAUAGUAAACAAACAGAAGUGCCACUUGUCCUGCUUCUGUUGUUGUGCGAUGAUCUUGUUGGGUUCAAGUUUUUCUCGAAUCAUGGACUCAGAAUAUUGGAUAUGUUUCUUUAUCUUGUCUUUCUUUACAGGACGCUAGGUCAUGCUGAUUGUAUGUGUUAAAUCCUGUUUCUUCUUCGGGUAAAGGAAAUGCACAUUUUUCGUGUCCCUCUUUCCUUUCGUGCCGCGACCUGAAGGAAUGCAUGGCUUUGCACAUAGAUCAUACUGGAAAGUUCUCGAGUGAAUUUUGCUCAUCUUUACUCAGCUUUGCUUGUUCCGUUGAUCUCACUGUUUGUGAGCCUGACGUGAAGUCCUGUUACUCUAACUUUGCUUUCUUGUCUACACUGCCCGUCGCCGUACGACAAGAAAGAAAGAACAGUGUGUCCAUGAAUUUCCAAUUUGUGGUGCUUUGGAAAUUUGUUCCCUGUUUCUCAGGAAAAAAGGUAUAAUGUUUGUUGCUAUUGACCGGAACAAAUCACUUGAGGAGCAGGGGCCUUUCGAUGUUAUUUUGCAUAAACUCUCGGGGAAAGAGUGGUUUCAAAUCCUUGAGGACUACAAGAAACUGCACCCUGAGGUCACUGUCUUAGAUCCUCCUACUGCCAUCCAGCACCUAGACAACCGCCAAUCCAUGCUCCAAGAUGUUGCUGACUUGAAUCUUUCUGCUUCUGAAGGAAAAGUUCGUAUACCUAAGCAGCUAGUUGUAACCACAGAUCCAGGAGCUAUUCCUGAGGCUGUUGCACAAGCUGGAUUGAAACUGCCUCUUGUUGUAAAACCUUAUGUUGUCGACGGAACUGCUAAAUCGCAUGAGCUAUCCCUUGCUUAUGAUCAAUUGUCUCUAUCAAAGCUUGAACCUCCACUGGUGCUUCAGGAAUUCAUUAACCAUGGUGGUGUUCUUUUCAAGGUUUAUAUUGUUGGCGAUGCUGUCAAUGUGGUGAGGCGCUUUUCAUUGCCUGAUGUUGAUAAACGGGGACCUUCAGGUUUGGGCGUUAUCCCAUUUCCACGGGUGUCAUGUGCUGCAGCUUCAGCUGAUGAUGCAGAUCUGGAUCCCUGUGUUGCUGAACUUCCACCAAGGAUUCUGCUAGAAAGACUUGCAAGGGAAUUACGAGACAGGCUGGGGUUACAGUUGUUUAAUAUAGAUAUAAUUCGGGAACAUGGGACCCAACAUCGGUAUUAUGUAAUUGACAUCAACUAUUUUCCAGGAUAUGGAAAAAUGCCUGGUUAUGAACAAAUUUUCACUGAUUUCCUGCUAAGCUUGCACAGAGCUGCUAAAAUCUCCGAGCAGCAGUUGGCAGACAAAUGAGGAAAUAACAGUGAACAUUUUCUGAUAUCAAGAAAGCAAGAGUACAUGCCAUACUAUCAUUACUUUUUUGCAUUUGAUUCAAAGAUUGGUUAUGAGCAUAAUGUAACAUAAACUAAUUUUCUGGGGAAGGAGGCGAAAUUUACAUAUCUUCUUGUUUUCUUGAUAUCUUUUUUCUUUACUCAUGCUUCUUUUCCAUUCUCACAUAUUUUUUCUAUACUUUGUGGUGUAAAUAAAAUACUAAAUCAAAGUUUCGUUACUUGUUACUGCAACUGGGCAGUUUGGUCU